AUGGACGAUAAAUAUAGAGAGCAGUGGAUGCGCUGGUAUGAAGAGUGUGAGAGCGAAGAUGAAAGCAGACAUGAUCCAUAUAGUACAGAUGACUCCAUUGCUGAUCCAGAAUAUAUGCAACAGGACUCAGACUCUUGUACUGAUUCAGAAUACGAGAAUACUCCAAACAAUGAUGAGCCUGGAACAUCACGAAAAAAGCGUAAACGGCAAGAACCUAAAUCAAAAGUUGAUUUGCCGUCAGGACAUGUCGAUAGCGAGGGCUCUGAUGAUAUCGAUGUUCUAUUAGAUCCAGACAACGAUGAACAAAAAUGGGAAGAUAAUAUAAUCGAUUGUUUAGAGUUUUCCUUUGAUUCCAUAUCAGUUGGUUUGAAAGAACAGCUAGCAGGCACUUCCCCAAUUGAGGUUUUUGAAAAAAUCUGGACUGUGGAUGUGACUAAUUACAUUGUUCAAAAGUCAAAUGAAUAUGGUGAAUUAUUAUUUGUGGGCAAUAGGCCUAAGUCCAGAAACGAGCGAUUCAAGACAUUUCAACAUAUUUCCGUAAAAGAAAUGAAAGGUUUUCUCGGUUUGUGUCUCCUUGCUGGCCAGUUGAAGUUCAAGUCUGUUAGGGACAUGUUUUCAAUGGAUCCUCUCAAUUAUCAUCCGAUAUUCCCGGCUACUAUGUCAGGUAGACGAUUUGAACAGAUUCUGAGGUGCUUGAAUUGUGCAGAUGAUGAAAAUAAGGAGGAUAAUCUCUAUAAAGUUAGUUGGCUUGUGAAAUCUAUCAUUAAGUCAAGCCAAAAUAUGUUUUCUCCGCCAGAAGCCUUAUCUCUAGAUGAAUCACUGUUACUUUUCCGAGGCCGAUUACGGUUUCGGGUUUACAUAAAAAACAAAAAAAGUAAAUAUGAGAUUAAGUUCUAUGAGCUGUGUUCCAAUGACGGAUAUGUCCUAAAUAUAGAAAUUUAUAAAGGUAAAUCUAAUAGAGAAGAUGUCAGGGGCAGUUCUAAAAUAAAUUCUUUAGUUCUUAGGCUUCUGGAGCCAUUUCUAGAUAAAGGCCACCAUAUAUACAUGGAUAACUUUUAUAACAGUGUCCAGUUAUCGGAAAUCCUAUUGCAAAGGAAAACUCACAGCACGGGGACAUUACGGUCGAAUAGGAAAGGUAAUCCCAAAGAGGUUACUGGAGCCAAGUUGAAAUCCGGGCAGCAUAUUUGGAGAAGAAAGGGAAAUGUGUAUGUUUCCAAAUGGCGCGACAAACGUGAUGUCUUAUCCAUCACGACGGGCUAUAAGCCUGAAUUGGUUGAAAAUGCAAACAGAUUCAACAAUGUUCCAGCACCAUUUGCUCGUAAGACAUCGAUCCUGUUAAUGGACCAUCCACGGGUGAACAACACCAUCAACACCAAAAUGUAA